AUGACGGUCUCUUUAGACGAGGUAAAUUUCCUAAUAUCACAUUACCUCCGUGAGAGUGGUUUCGUCCAUACUGCAUUUGUCUUUGAAAAUGAAUCAAUGGUCACUUCAUCAAAUUUAGCAAGCACAAGAAUCCCUCCUGGCUCAUUAAUUUCUAUCCUGCAGAAAAGUUUAGUAAGUAUGAAAUACGAGAAAAAGAUAAAAUGCGCGCUUAAAGAUCCAAAUAACGAAUUUCACGAAGAUAUCGUUGAAUUAAUCGAGAAAUACAAAGAAAAGAUCGUCAAAGAGCCCGAUCCAGCACCAAAAGAAGAUACGCCCAUACCAGACAUCAAUUUACAGCAAACAAUUAAUAAAAUUAACCAACUCAACGUGCAAUCUUCAACAUGUAUUAAUUUACACACGGCAGCCUAUUGCUGUAAAUGGUCGUAUGAUAGUACUUACUUUAUUUCGGGCGGCGACGAAGGAAAAGCCUAUAUUCAUCUUAUUCGUAAUAAUACAGUUUUUAAUUCGAUAAACAUGACAUCUAAUGGCUCAAUAUCCGGUGCUAUUACUUCAAUUGACAUUUCUCCUAGCAAUGACUUAAUUGUUAUUGCAGAUUUUGACGGCGACGUCAUUGUUUACGAUAGGAAUGGUCAGAAAGUCAAUUUGAUGCAGCGCGGCAGCAAUACAUCCUUUUGCGUGAGGUUCUCUCCAUCAGGACAGAACAUUGUCGCAUGUAAUUCCGGAACUUGUUAUUUUUUCCAGUCCCCUUACUUCAGACAGAUAAAAUCUCCCGUCGGGUGUCAUAAAGACACAAUUGUUGAUGCUGCCUGGCGUGGAGAUUUCUGUGUAGCAACUGCUUCUGCUGAUGGAACAGUUGGAAUUUUCGAUUUGAACCAGCCACAGGCAUCAUUCCUCAGAUUAUCAACGAAGAGAAUAUGUGGAGUCGCUUGGUCGUUCGAUGGUAACUGUUUGGCCGUUUGUUGUGAAGAUGGUUCGUUGAAAUAUCUUAAUGUAACAACCUGGGAGUGCAAAAACAUUUAUUCGAAUAAUCUCCCGUUACAUGGAUUGAAAUGGACCAACAAUACUCUGUUCUGUUGGGGAGAUAACUGUAGUUUGAGGUGUAUUCCGUUGGGAUUCUCAGAUCGAGAGGUCGUGAACCAUGAUUCGCCAAUAUUAUGCGCAAGCUUCUCUGAUAUUGGAGAUGUUGUGGCUACAGGAGAUGGAAAUGGUCAUGUAAAGGUGACAUUAGUUGCAAAUGGAGAGGUUAUUAAGGAAUUUCAAGGAACAAGCUCGGUUCAUGAUGUAGCUUUGAAUAAGAUGGGAGAUUCAUUGGUUAUUUGCUUCGCUGAUGGAGAUGUUCAUUAUAUUCCUUACUUAACUUCGAGAAAAUAA